AGGAAAGGAGAAGCCCUUUCCUUGAUAUUCAUCUGCCGAGGCCUAACAACAAGCCUCAGUUCAAGCUAGCUAGAAGAGAGACAAGAACGUUAGAAGAGAUCAUUGAGACUAUGCAGUUUAAGGGGAUUUUGGGGAGAAAGUCUUUACAUGAUUACAAGUUGCAUUCUAAUGCGUUGUUCUUGAGGAAUGAAUCGCCUGUUGAUACCCCGCCUAUCGUGAUCAUGGAGCCUCUUCGUGUUCGUGCUGAUCAGUGUACCGAUGGUGGGGAGCACCUCAAGAGUCGACAAACGCCAAGAAAGACGGGGGCAGAGCUUCCACCUAGACCAGAGUUGAAGGCAAAGAAGCCUAAUGAGAAAUCUGCAGUAGAUCAUUCUUCAAAACAGAAGCUCGAUAAGAGAACUCUAGCGAGGCCAGUAAAGAAAGCAGCACUAGAUAGCCUCUCUACGACGAGGACGAGCCAACCGAAGCCUCUUCCUCCACAAAUACAGAAGAAAGAAGUUCCCAAAAUAAGGAAACCAAAAGAUGCUAAGCCUCAAAGGUCUGAUAAAACUCAAGAUGUAACCAAACUUUCUGCAGUGAAGACUGUGAGAGGAAACAAUGUCUCUAAAAGUCUGGUUGCUAGAGGAAAGGUUGCAGCCGCAGAUAAGGACAUGAAACCGACACCUCUUAGUCGAACUGUUCCAAAGAAGAGUCCGCGGAAAGGUGAAUCCAAUAGCAAGCCCUCACCACAUGUAGUUGAAACUAUCGUCAGCGAGUUCGUGCUGAAGAAUACAGAACCAAAACAAGCUACUGAGGAAGUGGCUAAAGCUUAUAAUGUGUCUGAUAGUUCAACGAAUGCAGCAAGUUCUCCUAGAGAUGCUUCGGACGUAACUACCAAGGAUGAUCCCCAUCAUAUUGAAAAUGACACUUUGUUUCCAAGUUUAGAUUCAGAUCAGAUCAAAGGCUGCAAAAUCCUAAUGAAUUCAAGAUAUUUACUCCUAAGAAGUGCUUCAUUUCUCAAUCAUGUAGAGGAGCUCUUCGACACAGGCACUCAUGACUCUACAGUCUUUCAAAGUUCAGUUGAUAGUGAAGGGCUUUAUGAUGCUCUUCUCCUCGACUGUGCAAAAGAAAUACUAGAGCGUAAGAGCCUAAGCUGCAGGGGCACGAGAAAUCUUUGGUCACAAAACCCCUUGAGAAGGCCGAAAUACCAUUCAUCUAUAGAGCAGUUGGUAGAGGAGAUAGCUGAUAUCAUUGAAGAUUUGCAAAACUACAGUGAAGUUUGUGGAAAUAUAGUUGUCAUAGACAGCAUAUACCCGAUGCUGGACAAAGACCUAAGGCGGAAUGAAGAGGUGACAGGUGCUUGGGAUUCUGGCUGGAGGAAGGGAUAUGCAAUGGAAGCAGUUGAUGAAGUGAUGCAUGAAGUGGAAGAGCAAGUUUUGAGUGAAAUAGUAGCUGAUGUGAUUACAGAAAUUAUGCAAUAAAUUAUUGAGCUUUUGGUGUAAAAAUUUCAUUAGAUUAAUCAGUACAUAUCCUGACAAAA